AUGGGGAAGUGGGGAGAGGUGGUCUUAGCCGGAGACUUGUCCAGUGGGGCUGCCUGUGGCCCGGUCUACAGUGAAAUGUCCUCGCCAAGAGCCAGGCUGGAAGCAUCUGCAGUGCUCAGACCGGCAGUGAUCAUGAGCCCUGGUGCUUCCAUGUCUCCUUUCGUGGUGCUGCCUUUUCCGCCACCCACUGCUGGCCCCGCAUACUGGCCAUCCGGGGAGCAGCACCUGCCGCCCCUCGUGACGCCGUCAUUUCCUCCUGGCCAGCCCGGGGUGCUGCCGGCUUUCCCUGGGACACCUUCGGUGGCAGGAGAUGCUGGUCAUGGCCCCACAGGGACUGGGGCUGGCAACAUCAUUGUCCAGGUCAGAUCAGAAGUGGGGCAAGCAGAGCCGCCCCAGACUCAGACCUUGGUCCUUACUCAGGCCCCGCUCAACUGCAGUGCUCCGGGGGCCCUCUGUGGGGGUGCUGUGUGUCCUGCACCCCAAUUCUUGACAGCCUCUGCGGUGCAGACCAUUAUGCUUGCUCCGGCUGUUGGGGGCACCCAGGCUGUCCAAGGCAGCUGGUCCCCAGGCCUUCCUCCUCAGGCCCCACCGCCAGCUGCCCAGCUGGCUUCCAUCGUCUCCCCAGUGAGUGCUGGGCCAUGGCCAAAUGGGGCUCCCAGAGAGGGUGGCCUGGCCACCUCCCGCUCCAAGGCUGCUUCGGACAACUCCGGGAACCCCAAGAGUGUGUAUGAGAACUUCCGCUGUUGGCAGCGCUUCAAGGCCCUGGCCUGGAGCCUCCUACCCCAGAGUUCCGAUCCAGAAGCUCUUUCCUGCUUCCUCAUUCCAGUGCUCCGGUCCCUGUCCCGUCUGAAUCCCACCAUGACGUUGGAGGACGGACUGAAGCGGGCCAUGCGGGAAUGGCAGCACACAAGCAACUUUGACCGGAUGAUCUUUUACGAGAUGGCAGAAAAGUUCAUGGAGUUUGAGGAGGAGGAGAUGCAGAUUCAGAAGUUGCAGUGGAUGAAGGCGGAGCAGGGCCUGCCUCCCCCAGCCCCACCGAGGCCUGAUCCUUGGGAGCCCCCAGCCCCACUGGUGGGCUCGCAGCCAGGAUGCAACGUCAAGUCAGCUGAGAAACGGGUCGCAUGGGAUGCCCCUCAGACGUGCGUUCCCAGGACGGCCAUACCCAGAGCCCAUCCUGCCGGCCCGCAACCACACAGUUCCCAGCGGCCCCGGGAGACCGAGGCACCAGAGGAGAUUCCCCCUGAGGCCGUGAGAGAGUACAUGGACAUCAUGGAUGAGCUGUUGGGGUCGGCCCACUCAGCCACCGGAGUGCCAGGGGGAGAAUGGGAAGAAGACUUAAAGGAGCCACAGCAGGAUGAUGAUGGGACCUACCCGGCCCCGGGUCUCCUGAGCUACAUUGACGAGCUGUGUUCCCAGGAAGACUUCGAUACCAAGGUGGAGGCGGUCAUUCACCCCCGAUUCCUGGAACAAUUGCUUUCCUCAGAACCACAGCUGGAUCCCGUAGCCUUAGCUGAGGAAUUGAAGCAGGAGGAAGCACUCACACCCGCCCAGGUAAGCCAAGAGACAGACGGACCUCUGAUGGCCCUGACGGCAGAGGAGAGUGAGCAGGCACCCCAGAGCCGUCGUGAACCCCGAUUGGACUCACCUCCUUCUGUGUCUGAGGCCAGUGAAGAUGCCAGGAGGCAUGACUAUGGCCCCCAGCUGGGGGUCAGUGACAUAGCCUGCUCACCAGAGGCUGACUUCAAGGACCCUCAAAGGCAGUGUCGAGCAGAUGCCCACCUGUCCAGGCCCAAAGUCUUUGAUGUGUCUUCAGGAUGUCAGGAGUCCCCAGCACUCCGGGCUCGAUGGCCCCCCUCUCCUCCUGAAGGUCCCAGGCACCCUGCCUCACGGCAGGGACCCAGGGAUGCCUUCUUUCCCAGAGAGACAUGUCCUGUUAGGGAGACUCACAGGCCAGCGGACUGGUGCGGUGUGGAUGAGGAAGUGCUCCCCAGCCUGUCCUUCCUCUUGGACUCUCAGAACAGCCUGCUGCCCUGGCGGUUCCCCCAGAGUCCUGUCUCUGCCUCGGGUCUUGUCUUCCCUGGAGGUCGGGGGGACCGUGGAGCUCCCCAGUCCCUGUCUUAUCAGAGACUAGGCCUCAGCCGAGUUGACCCUUCAGCUGCCAAGUCUAGGAAGCGUGCUCUGGAUGGAGACCCAGCGCCUGCUGAGAAGACCCCACGUCUCGGCACGGACCUCAGGGUCUCUGUGAGACCAGCCUUGGCUCUGGGGCCAGUCCGCUCCUCACAGCCUCAAAAGAGAAAGUGGGACCCCUUUGUCAUGGGGAAGAGAAGGAAGCUGCACUGCAGCCAGUAG